AUGAAACAUUCCCCACCAAUUAUUCUCAUCACUACAAGAAAUAUAUUUGAGCGUUACAGCAUAGAUUUCUCAUCUGAUGAGUGUGUGGAUGAAAUCUUAGCAAAAUUUAGUCUUAGUGCUCAAGCAGUUUUAAAUCUCGCAAAAUCAUUUCAAAUUCAGUCGAAUCAUAAGAAGCUUUCAGUAGAAGAUGUCUCAGAAGCAUUCAAUGCUCGCGGAUUUAAUCCAUUUCUCGGCUACAGAAACAGAAAAGCAAUCAAAUACGAAACUGUUGGUCAAGUUGGAGAUACUGUGAUUAGUAUUCCAGUCGACAAGCAGCUUGAUCUAUCAGAAAUCGUAAAUACGCCAUUAAAAGAAACUCCAACAGAAAAGUUUUUUUCAUUUCAUUGGUUGGCUGUCAUUCGUGGUCAGCAACCUUUAAUACCUGAAAAUUUGAAUGAUACAACAGUUCCUGGCUCAACACAUAACAAUAUCUACGCACCACCGCCUCAAAUGAAACUCUCAGAUCAAUCAGUUCAAAUAACAUCGACAAGAAACGAAGUUUCACAAGAAUUAUAUACCCAUUACUAUCAUUUGAUCGCACCAAACGUAAAUCCACGCAAGAAAAUACCGUUAUUGAAAGAAUUACAGUCAGAUGCCGCAAUUAUCCCAUUACUUCCAUAUUUCUUCCAUUAUUUAUCAUCGCAUUACUCAUCCAACAAUUCCAACAUUACUGCUGCCUUCGAUGAUCGAAUAAACCUUGCUCGCGCCUUAAUAUUAAAUGAUAAUCUCAAAUUAGACAUGUAUUUAAUCCAAAUCAUCAAUUUGAGCAUUACAUCAUUACUUAUGUCCUUCAACGAUCCCGUUGUCGAGAGUUUUUCCUUGCGAGAGAACUCAGCCGAGUUGUUAUCAUUAGUUAUCAACAAAUACUCCCAAAUUUAUCCAACACUUCGCACGAGGAUUACUGACCACUUAGUGAAGACAUUCAUUGACAGGAAGAACGGCAAUUUCCAAGUAAAACUCGGAGCUGCGAUUGGUCUUUCUGUUAUUGGCAGCCAUGUUGUUAGGAAAGUAAUUAUUCCACAGUUUCCAAGGAUUAUGAAUAGUUUGGAUGAACAGAAACUUCCUGCAGAAACAAAGAUUCAGUUCUUCAAAUUCAAGAGCAUUCUUUUGAAGAUUUGCGGUGAUUCAUUCCAUUACGACACUGAAGAGGCAAUUAAACAGACUGGAUCUCCAAAUCUUCCUGCUGAAACUGCGCAAAUGUACAACAACUUGAUUCCUUUCUUUGGAAGUGACUUCUUUUCUUAUUCAUCUGCUAAGGAUUUCUAA